GCCGGUAACCGGCCUGCAAGGCGUAUGUGAGGCCUGGGCGGAGCUGGUUCUUGCGUAGCCAAUCAGCGUUCGACGGUGACGUCCUUGGGAAGGGGGGUGACGUCACUGGCUAGCGGGGUCAGCGGAGGAAGGAGAGUGAGAGCUAAUUCUCAUUUAAAGCGGCACCCCAGUUAUUCGCUGGAGCCCCGGGCUGGCCCGGCGAGAGGCGGAGGAUGGUGUGUGGCGGCUUCACCUGCUCCAAAAAUGCGCUAUGUGCGCUCAACGUGGUCUAUAUGCUGGUGGGCUUGCUGUUGAUUGCCGUGGCAGCAUGGGGCAAAGGAUUUGGAAUAGUCUCCAGCAUUCACAUCAUUGGGGGAGUGAUCGCAGUUGGCGUUUUCCUUCUUCUCAUUGCCAUCAUUGGUUUAAUUGGCGCAGUUAGUCACCAUCAAGUGAUGCUCUUUAUUUAUAUGGUGGUGUUGAUUCUCAUCUUUAUUUUUCAACUGGUGGUCUCCUGCUCCUGUUUGGCUAUGAACAGAUCUCAACAGGAACAGUUCCUAAAUGCAACUUGGGCCAGUAUGAGCAAUAAGACCCAGAGCGAGAUGGAGAACCACCUGGACUGUUGUGGAUUCCUGAAUACCACAUUAAGCAGUGCACAGUUUAAGUCUGCCUAUAGGAGUUGCAAUGCGGAAUGUAAGCAGAAAAAUAUUCAUUGUGAUAGCUGUGGUGAUAAAAUGCUGAACCACGCUGGUGAAGCUUUGAAAAUCCUUGGAGGUGUAGGACUCUUCUUCAGCUUCACAGAGAUUCUUGGUGUUUGGCUCGCAUUCCGAUACAGAAACCAGAAAGAUCCUCGAGCAAAUCCCAGUGCUUUUCUAUAGUGUUAUUAAAUCUGCACCUGCCAUCCUUCAAUCAUGUAUUUUGUUUUAAAGUUUUGAUCUGGUCCCUUAGCCCGUUAUUUCUGACCCUUUGAAUCAAUGUUCCAAGUGGCUGAAAGAAAGGAACAUGAGAUGGGGAAAGAAGUCGGACGUGCUAGUAGGGUCUUCUUCAGGAAUGCAAUCAGACCAAAAUGUUAGUGGUUAUAUAAAGUAAACCAAUAAAAAGGUUACCAUGAUUUUGGUACUGGGCAAACUGCAAUGAAUCAUUGUAGCCCAGUGCAAUAAUGUUUGUAUUGUUCUAUAAAUAGGGUAUGUUGGCAGUUGGGCUGCUUGCCUGUCUGCUUUUAUUUUGAAUAGUCUCCUAUGCUGUCUUAAUGAAGCAUGACUUGUAAAGAGCCCCUGUCUCUUUGCCAUGUUUUUAAAGAGUGGAUUGGAUGAUUGGUAAGAGGUGUGUGUAAUAUAUAGAUAUAAAAAUACUUACCGAUCAUUCCUGACAUGAUGCUUUUUAUAGUCAUGGAAAAAAUAAAAAAGAGCACCCACGAUGGGCUAUCUGUGUUGCCUACAAGUACUAUAUAUGCACCCUCUCCCCUGGCAUAGUCCAUGUGUCUCCAUUACUGCACCCACUGAUAUGCCAGAGAAUAUACACAGUAGCAGUGCACCUGAAGCAUCAGCUUGCAGUACGUAUCCUCCGAUUUGACACAACCUCUCCCCCUCCCACCACAGACACACACUUAUUCUAACCAGUGUAAGGCUCCUAUAGUCUUGAAAACAAUGAGACAGUAUUUCAGUAGACAGCCUUUCCAGUCUUGCUUUGCAUGCAGAAUACCAUUGUAUGUAGAAUUAAAGCACAUCUAUCAGCUAAAAGUAGUGACAGCAGACCGUAUGUAAGAUUACCCGAUAUCUAUGAGCUUCAGAUCUAGUCACCAAAAUGCGCUACUGAGGUCAAUAGUUCCUAAUCUAUUGGCCCUACAAGAUUUAUUUCGUUUUCCGUAUUUUGCCUCUGUGUGACAGCAUUUUCUGGUCUGCAGAAGUCUUUGUUGCGGUCUAUAGAAAACAUCUUAGUCAUACCAUUGCACUAAAGGUAACCUCACAAUCUGCGCCCUGCCCAAGUAACUUUCUUCUACUGGAUGCAUCCUCAUUUCAUAGUUUUGUACAUUGAUAGAUUUUUUUUUUUUGCACUCUUGCAACUUUUUACUAAAUAUGUUGCUUUAUUUUCAUGGCUUCCUUCUGUACAUUAAAUCCAUGCAUUUAUAUAAUGGGGUUUUUUUUUAAAAGCCGGAUUCCCUACCUUAUAGUUCUUGUAUUUUGGAUAUGAUGCACUUCAUGGCUGAAAAGCACAGAAGAAUCCAAUCCAAUGUACUAGUUUGUGACAGUGGGAACUUGGCAUCAGAGGUUUCCCCUGUUCCAGGGUCUCUGUAUACAUACAAUCAGUCCGAUGUUUUUACUAUACUAGAUUAAAUAAGUUUUAGCCCAGUUCAUGUUCAAGUAUUGUAUGGCAGUGGGAUGGCUUCUGCCUUUGCUGCAGGCAUUGCAGUCACUGUAUGAAUACUGUAACCACCUAAUGGGGGGGACACAGUCUGUAACUGAUGUUAAAAUAGGCAACACAACUAGACCAGGUCCUGGCUACCUAUGUGAGGUGGUUGUUUAUCCGCUUUCCGUUUUAUUUUUAUGAUAUCAUUCCAUUAAAGCUAAAGCAGUAACACUGUAUGAUGCUAACAAUUUAACUCUGAUAGACAUUCCUACUGGAGAGACAUAUCAUUCAUUAAUAGAACUAGUUUAAAUCUACUACAUGCCACGACCUGCUGCGACGUAUAGGUGUGGCUAUAGCAUUAGCAGCCUGUAAUGAGUAUUUCAAGACAGAAAAUGCACCUUAAGGAUAUAUCUUUUAAAAGCGAUUGUGCAAUUGUCUCUGAAUAAUCAGUACAGCACGUGAGCGAUGCAGAUCUGAAUCUGACUGGGUUUUACUUCAGUGUAAACUAUCACAUAAUAAAUGAAGGGACUUUUUAAAAUCUAAACUCCUCCUGAUGCCUGGUCUUGGCCCAGUGUCCUUUCUUGGGCAUAUGUAUAAUAUAAGGUUCUUUUCUCACCUGGAUUGAAUCUCACCUAAAGUUAAUAAAAUAUAGGUGGGCAAAUGCCCAUUGUAUGUUAUUUAUUCCGGCAGCUGCUUUAAACCAUAUGUUCUCUGACACACAUGUGGCUACAAAUGACUUACAUUUUCCUUACUGUUCUUGUGUAUCUCUCCAAAUUACUUAAUUUAAUGUGCAUAGUAAAUAAAUAAAGAUUUGGGACAA